AUGAAAGGCGUCUUUUCGGCGCCCGGCGAUUACAUCUACUUCAAGUCUCAGGUCCCGCUUCAUAAGAUCCCCAUUUAUUCAAAGCAGUGGCGAUACUAUGAUUUUGGCCCCAAAGUUGUGCCUCCACUAAUCUGUCUUCCUGGUACAGCUGGAACUGCAGAUGUGUACUACAAACAAAUCAUGUCAUUAUCCAUGAAGGGUUACCGAGUCAUAUCUGUUGAUAUUCCUCGUGUGUGGAAUCACCACGAGUGGAUUCAAGCAUUUGAGAAGUUUCUGGAUGCUAUUGAUGUUCAUCAUAUACAUCUUUAUGGCAUAUCUCUUGGAGGCUUCUUAGCUCAACUUUUUGCACAGCAUCGCCCACGACGAGUUAGGUCAUUGGUACUCUCAAACACAUUUUUGGAGACAAGUAGUUUUUCUGCAGCCAUGCCAUGGGCUCCCAUUGUUGGUUGGACUCCGGCUUUUCUACUGAAGAGGUAUGUCCUAACUGGGAUUCAUGACGGCCCCCAUGAACCUUUUAUUGCAGAUUCUGUGGACUUUGUUGUUGCUCAGGUUGAAACUCUAUCUAGAGAAAUCUUGGCUUCCAGAUUGAGUUUGACAGUUGAUGCUGCAUCAGUAGGACCACUUCUGCUUUCUGAUUCCUUAAUCACUAUAAUGGAUACGAACGAUUUCUGUGCAAUUCCUCAGCAACUUAAAGAUCAAGUGAUCGAAAGGUACCCUGGUGCCAGACUAGCGUCUCUCAAGACUGGCGGUGAUUUUCCUUUUCUUUCACGACCAGAUGAAGUAAAUCUUCAUCUUCAGUUACACCUAAGACAGGUGGGUGUUGAAGCUCGACCAGACUUGGUCAGAGGUAUGCCGAAGGAUGGUUCUGGUGGGAGUUCAAGUGAACAAAACAAUGGAAAAGGAGAUACUGACGAUGCACCAGAGGAUGAUAAGAGGGACUUUGGUAGCUAUUCGAAUGAAAACGAACCACCUCUGGCUCCCGAAGGUACAGACUCUCAAAAUCUGGAAAACUCGCCUCUUUUGCUGCACCUGUUCUCCAAUAAUGAGCAAACCAUAGCGGCGCCUAACUAUUGUCGAACUUCAGAUUCCAGUUUAUCAUUCUCAAUUUGUUGCCUCUCUACCUUGAAACCUUGUACAAUGUUAGUAAGUGUCAGAAUUUAG